UUGGGCAAAAUGUUUGGGGUUGUUCUCUCGAGUCGCCGAUCUGAUAACAAAUCAAUCACAAAAUGUAAUCCUCAAUAUCUAGCUUAAGCCAGACUCGAGUGGGAAUUGGGUCUCUUGAAUAUUGCUAGACUGCGUUUGCGUUAGGAGCGUUUUUGAUUCGAUUGCACCACUGAGAAGGCAUAAAUCUGAAAGAGGCUUUGCCAAACUACUAAAUUGGUUGUCUCUUCACUAUCAACGACGAUGAAACGAUGUUUGAGAAUUCGAGUUAUUAUGGGUAAAGACAGGAUCAGUGAGUUGCCUGAAGAGUUGCUUCUAAAGAUAUUGUCACUACUUCCAACAAAAACUGUUAUAACCACAAGUGUUUUGUCUAAACGAUGGCGGUCUCUUUGGAAGAUGGUGCAGAAACUCAAGUUUGAAUCUGACAAUCUAGCGAAAUUUUCAAAGAAUGUUGGCAAGUUUUUGCUUUCACACAAAGCUCCGGUUUUGGAGAGUUUGCAUAUCAAAGUUACUGAUAAGGCUGAAAAAAGAUGUGGUAUAAAUGUUGGAGUAUGGCUUGGAAUUGCCGUUGUACGCCAUGUGCGUGAGUUGGUGCUAAAUCUUUCAUUAAAAAAUUCAGUCAGGUUUCCAAGUAGUGUGUUUUUCUGUGAUACACUUGAGAGGUUGAAACUCAAGUAUUCAAUUAUUGUAGAUGUUCCUUCUCCAGUUUGUAUGAAGUCCCUCAGAACUCUGCACCUUCAUGCUGUGGGUUUCAAAGACAAUGAAUCUAUUCGUAACCUUAUAUCUGGCUGUCCUAAUCUUGAAGAUUUGGCCAUACAUCGAGCUCGAGGUAGCCGUAACCGUAAGGUUGUGCUGACUUUGGUUAUCGCAGCGCCAUACUUAAAGAGACUAUCGAUUGACGGUAAAAUUGGUGGACUAACGGAUGGGGGCUAUGUGAUAAACGCUCCGUCUUUGGAAUACUUGAACAUUAGAGGGAUUUAUAACUGCGGGUCUUGUCUGAUUGAGAAUGCGCCAAUGUUAGUUGAGGCAAAUAUUAGAAACGUUUCGAAAAUAGUCAAUGAGAAGAUUCUGGGAUCUCUCAAGUCAGCCAAACGUCUUUCCUUGGACUUAUCACCUUUGGAGAUUAAGUGCCCUACCGGAGCUAUUUUCUAUCAGCUGGUAUAUCUAGAGCUGUGUACACAUAAAGCGAAGUGGUGGAAUCUACUUACGAUCAUGCUCGAUAGCUCUCCUAAACUACAAGUCCUCAAGCUCAUUGGUAAAAAUCAGGAUGCUAGUAAAGAUGAUGUGGUUAGCGGGAAAUGGAAUGAGCCAAAGUAUGUUCCUGAAUGUUUGUUGUCUCACCUCGAGACAUUUGUGUGGAUAAGAUACGAUUGUGAAAGAGAAGAAGAGAAAGAUGUGGCUGCAUACAUUAUGAAGAACGCAAGACUCUUGAACAAGGCAACUUUCUCCACAAGACCCAUUGAAUCCAAAGAGCUCCACAAGCUUGAAAAAAGACGCAAGAUUCUCAACGAGUUGACUAUAGUGAAGGCUUCUUCAAAUUCUUGUCGCCUUAUAUGUGACGGUGAAUCAAUAGUCAUAUAAAUUCUACUUGUACCACUAUGUUAAGAAACAGAGGCCUAAAGGUGAUUCCUUUUGGCUUGAAUCAACAACACACCAAGGUUUUAAGUGUAUUAGAGAUUGAAUGUUCACAAAAACGCUAGCCUUGAAUGAAAAGAACCGAGUAUGUCUGUUAAAACAGAGUGUAAGAACAGAGCACACAAGAACUUGUUAGCCCAGUUCA